CACUAGCUUCCACAUGCCAUCCGCGUUCCUCCUCAUCGGAAUCCCCGGGAUAGAAAAUGGAGCCACGUGGACAUCGCUCGUCUUCUGCGUCCUCUAUGUCCUGGCCAUCCUGGGCAACAGCGCCUUACUGUACAUCAUCAAAACCGAGGAGAGCCUCCACACCCCCAUGUUCUUCUUCCUCUCCUUGCUCGCCCUCAACGACUUGGCCUUCUGCAGCUCUACCGUGCCCAAGACUCUGGGGAUCUUCUGGAUGAACGGCGGCCUCAUCGACGCCACCAGCUGCCUGACGCAAAUGUUCUUCGUCCACUGCCUUUCGGUCAUUGAGUCGGGAAUCCUGACCGCCAUGGCGUACGACCGCUUUGUGGCCAUCUGUUCCCCGCUCAGAUACAGUUCGGUCCUCACCUACAGCCUCCUGAGGAAGAUCGCGCUUGCCAUUCUGCUCCGAGCCAUUGCGCUCAUCUUCCCCAUUCCGCUCCUGGUCAGGCAGCUGCAGUACUGUGGCGACAAUAUCGUGCUGCAUACGUACUGCGACCACAUGGCCGUGGUCAAUGUAGCAUGUGGAGACAAGCGGGUGGACAACGUCUAUGGGUUAGUCAUGUCUCUUUUUGUCACCGGCUUCGACCUGCUCUUCAUUGGACUGUCCUACUCCAUGAUCUUACAGGCCAUCUUCAAGAUGCCCACCAAGGACGCUCGCCAGAAGGCCGUAGGGACCUGCGGCUCCCACAUCAGUAUUAUUUUCAUCGCUUAUUUCAGCGCCAUUUUCUCGUUCCUCACAUACAGGUUUGGUCAAAAGACCAUCCCCCAUAGCGUCCAUAUCCUUUCCUCCAAUAUGUUCAUCUUGUUCCUGCCCUUCUGGAACCCGCUCGUCUAUGGCGUGAAGACAAAGAAAAUCCGACAACGGGUUCAAAGGAUUCUGUUUUACAAUCAAAGUACAUUUCCACCGAGCCGGCAUUAA